AAUGGGCCCACCAAAGUCAUUUCUUUAAUUCUUAGUUUUCAAUCACAUUCACCAUUGAUUAUGAUCAUUUUAAUAUCAUAUAUGCAUUGCAUACCCAAAAUUUUCUAUCCAAUUCUACCCAUUUACAAUUAUGUUAAUGGAAUCUAAUGAAAUUGAUGUAUUUGUUCAUGAAAAUGAGCUCAUUUGGUCUGAUUUGAUUCCGGGUCAUGGCAUUGCAGUGAGUUUAGGUGUGUUAUUGGUUUGAUUAUGUUAAUCAAAGAUUCGAAAUGGCUGAUUUCUUCAUGAAAAUGAGCUCAUUUGGUGUGAUUUGAUUUUGGGUCAUGGCAGUGCAGUGAGUUUAGAUGUAGUAAUCAAACAAUUUGUUUGUGAAAAUGAACUCAUUUUAUUUGGUUUGAUUCUGGGUCAUGGCAUUGCAUUGAGUUUAGGUGUAUUAUUGAUUAUUUGAAUGAGGGCGAUAUGUUAGGGGAAAAUGAGCUCAUUUGGUGUGAUUAUGUGAAUCAAAGGAUCUGAAAAUGCUCAGAUUGUUCAUGAAAAUGAGCUCAUUUGGUCCGAUUUGAUUCCAGGUCCUGGCAGUGCAGUGAGUUUUGGUGUAUUAGCAUGAUCGUAAUUUAUAUCAAUCAAACUAUUAGAAACACUAGAUUUCUUCACGAAAAUGAGCUCAUUUUAUGUGAUUAGGUUUCGGGUCACAGCAAUGCAGUAAGAUUUGGUGUAUUAGCAUGCGAUUGGAAAAAUGAUCUCAUUUCAUUUGAUUGAUCUCCGGCCAUGAUAUCACAGCGAGUCUAGGUCUACUACUGUGAUUAUAUCAAUCAAAAGACUAGAAAUGCUCGAUUUAUUCAUGAAAAUGAGCUCAAUCCAAGUGAUUCAAUUUCGGGUCAUGACAAUGCAGUGAGUUUAGGUGUACCGUUCAUGCAUUGUGUAAUUAGUAGGUGAUCGGGUUUUUGAUUAAUUAAUCAAGCUUGUGUCAUUCGUAAAACCUACUUACAAUACAUUGUGAUAUUGUUUUUUAAUCACGCAACCAUAUUAACAUUUUUUAAGCUCAUUUUUUAUUGUUUCAUCGGGUUGUUGAUGAGGGGUUAGGCUCUGACUACGAACGGUGCAUGUCUUUUUUCGGGAUUUAUUAUACGAUAAGAAUUAUCAAUGUGUAUAUAUUUUGUGCAUGUUGUCAUCUAGGGUUUAUCGUAUUUGAUUAUUAUAAGUCAUACCGUGAAUCCUUCUUGACCGACACAUGUUUCUUAAUUAAGAAACUGAUCUCAUUGUAGUAUCAACUAUAAUUGUUUUUAGGGCGUUUCCACACGGGCUGUAUGCCAGAACUCAUACCAGCAGCCCGUGAAUGGUCGCUUGACUCUGAGGUGAGCGACCUGCAUCAUCUUGAAGCAGGCUUCAAACUUUCGACCUUAAUCAUAUCUGUUUGUUUUUCCAGAAAAUUUAGGACCAGAGUGAUAAAGAAUGGUUAUGAAUUUUCGGUUCUUUUAAUGUGUUUCGGAUGGCAGUAGCUUCCAAGAAGGAGGACCUUCAAUGUGAGAAUAAGGGAUAAGGAGCGAAAAAUGGCAGAGCAUAAACGGAGCCCCAUCUCCGUCGACCAAGGUGGUCUCACUUCUCUUGCGCCGAAACGACAAAAGCCCGAUUUAACCAUUUCCACCAAGGAAAGGAAAGAGAAGGUUGGCGAGCGCAUUGCAGCUCUGCAACAGCUUGUUUCACCCUUUGGAAAGACAGAUACAGCUUCGGUUCUUCUAGAGGCGAUGGAGUACAUAAGAUUCCUUCAGGAGCAAGUUAAGGUGUUGAGCGCUCCAUACCUUCAGAGUACAACAACAGCUAAGAUGCAGGAGUUAGAGCGAUACAGUUUAAGGAGCAGAGGUUUAUGUCUUGUACCGAUUUCGUACACUGUUGGGGUGGCUCGAAGCAACGGUGCAGAUAUCUGGGCACCCAUCAAGACCGAUUCCUCCCCCAAGUUCUAGAUUGCUGCACUGCAGCCUCAUUGAAGCUAACCCCUCUGCUCAGCAACAAAAAAAAGGUUUGGUAGUAACAGGAUAUGAUAUAUGGUGGUGUAAAGGGUACCCAACAUCGGGUUUUUUCCUUCAUCUAGGGCAGAAUACAUUUUUGUCAGGCUGAUGCAAAUCUGUAAGAGAAAUGAUGUCUAGCAUGAUGCGUUUACCUGGAUGCCUGCUACAUUGGAACAGUUGGAAGAACUGCAGUCGGUCUGGGUUUUUGAACUGGUGAUGGGUAGAGUCCUGUAUGAUAAGGUGUGUAAUCUGAUAUCGAGAAAAUGUAUAUUGAUAAACAUGAGAUAUGUAUCAAUUCUAACAAUGAGUUAAUGAAAUAUGUGGGGGGCAAUUAUCAUGAUUUAUAA